AGCAUGCGAAUCCAGGCCUCGAGAUCUCUUGUGAUAGCUUAACGCCGCUCUUGUGUCUCCAUUUCUUUGGACGACUCUUCCAAUGGACGACUCGACGUCACCUCCGCCGGUCGAGGACCAGGCCAGACUGCUGGAGGAUGCCUUGACUGUCGUCCGACAGCAGGCUGUGCAGAUGCGUCGAUGUCUGGAGUCUCCGGGCAAAUUGAUGGACGCACUGAAGUGCAGCUCUACGCUCGUAUCAGAGCUGCGAACGAGCAGCCUGGGCCCCAAACAAUACUACGAGCUCUACAUGUCCGUCUUCGAUGCCCUGCGACAUCUCUCCGUAUACCUCCGCGAAUCGCAUCCGACAAACCACCUCGCCGAUCUCUACGAACUGGUACAGUACGCAGGCAACAUCGUGCCUAGGUUGUACCUUAUGAUUACCGUCGGAACCGUGUACAUGGGCAUUGAAGAUGCGCCGGUCAAGGAGAUAAUGAAGGAUAUGAUGGAGAUGAGUCGCGGUGUACAGCAUCCAGUGCGAGGCCUGUUUUUGCGAUACUUCCUCAGCGGACAGGCGAGGGAUUCGCUGCCUGAAGGAAGUGGAGAUGGACCCGAAGGAAACCUACAGGACAGCAUCAGUUUCAUAUUAACCAAUUUCGUGGAGAUGAACAAGCUGUGGGUCAGGCUACAGCACCAAGGCCACUCAAGAGAAAGGGACCAGCGGACGAAGGAAAGGCAGGAGCUACAAUUGCUGGUUGGCAGCAAUCUGGUUCGGCUCAGCCAGCUUGUCGAUUUGGACAGCUACAAGAACGUCAUAUUGCAGCCGUUGCUGGAGCAGGUCGUGCAGUGUCGGGAUGUGCUGGCGCAGGAGUAUCUUCUGGAGGUCAUCACGCAGGUCUUUCCGGACGAGUUCCACCUUCAUACACUGGACGAAUUACUGGCAGCAACAGCACGGCUGAACCCGAACGUCAACGUGAAAGCGAUUGUGAUUGGACUUAUGGAUCGACUCUCUGCAUUUGCAACGAGGGAAGCGAAGACGAAAACUGCCGAGGAGCGACAGAAGAUCGAAGAGGAGUCCGUGACGGCGCUAUUGGAGAAGUUGCAGGUCUCAAAAGACGCCGCAGGGAAAGGUCAAACAGCAGAAUCAACAGAGAACGGCGAAGAGGCAACGAAUGGCGAGCCCGAAGCUGCGCAACACGAUGCUGGAGCUACGGACACGACGAAGGAGCCAGCAGAACCGGUAGAGUCAGCGACAGAGGACGGCAAUACUGAUGCGCAAACGAACGGCAGCUCGGAGAAGCUCAAAGGCAUACCAACCAACGUAAAGUUGUUCGAGGUCUUCUACGAACAGGUUGUGCAUCUAGUCACUGUCCAGAGAUUGCCCAUCCAGGACAUCACGGCGUUACUGGUAUCCCUCGUCAACUUGGCACUGAACAUCUACCCCGAGCGGCUGGACUACGUCGACCAGGUUCUCUUGUAUGCCAGUAAGGAAGUUGCAAGAUACACAAACUCUGCAGACCUCCACUCGCCAGCAUCACAGGCAAAUCUCCUCAACCUUCUCCUUGGACCUGCGAAAGCAUACGUCUCGCUCUUCACUGCAUUGGCGCUGCCGAACUUUGUACCACUAUACCAACAGCAAUCAUACCAAACGCGGCGCGCAGUGGCGGGCGAAGUCGCACGAAAUCUGCUAAGGAACGAAACCAAAAUCACAACUGUCGCGCACUUGGAAGGAGUAUUGCAUAUCCUGUCUGUGCUUAUCAAGGAGGGCAUGCAACCAGCCGCAGGUUACCCAGGUGGACCAGUACGGAGAGGCGCUGUCGAGACCGAUGAGACCGUCGAGGAGCAAGGCUGGCUCGCACGGAUAGUGCAUCUCGUGAGGGGACCCGAUAAUAUGACACAGUUCCAGCUCCUGCAAAAGGUCCGAACUGCCUUCCAAGAGGGCAACGAGCGGACAAAAUACACCACUCCAGCAAUCACGACACAGGCACUCAAGCUGGCCAGAUCCUUCAAGCGACGCGAACAUCUCUCCACCGACGAUUUUGCGGUACAGUCUUCUGCCGUCUACAAGUUCUUGCACAGCGCUUUGUCAUCACUGUACACCCGAGUGUCGGCCCCUGGUGUUCCCGAUUUGGUACUGCGCUUGUUCGUCGCCUGCGGUCAAGUGGCCAGCCAAUGCGAGAAUGAAGACAUCUCAUACGAGUUCUUCGCGCAAGCGUUCACUGUCUACGAAGAGUCCAUAUCCGACUCGAGGUCGCAGUUUCAGGCAAUCUGCAUCAUCGCAGGUGCAUUGUCCGGCUGCUCGGAGAAGUUCAGCAGGGAGAAUUACGAUACUCUUAUCACGAAGGCAGCUUUACAUGGCAGCAAAUUGCUCAAAAAGCCAGAUCAAUGUCGGGCAGUGUAUCUUGCCAGUCAUUUGUGGUGGGCGGCGGAAAAGGGCGAGAAGCAGGAGGAAGGCGAAGGCAAAGAGGUCUACCGCGACGGCAAGCGUGUCCUCGAAUGCCUACAACGCGCCCUCCGCGUCGCCGACGCCUGCAUGGACACCGCCGUUUCCGUCGAGCUCUUCGUGGAAAUCCUCAAUCGCUAUGUCUACUACUUCGACCAGGAAAACGAUGCCGUGACGACGAAAUAUCUGAAUGGUCUGAUUGAGCUGAUACAUUCGAAUCUGAGCACGACGGACAAUGCGAGUGGUUUGGACAGUCCGAGGAAACACUUCCAACGUACGCUGGAUUAUAUUGCGAGUCGAGAAUAUGAGGGGGUGGAGACGAGGCCGAAGUGA